UACAGCACCUAGGGAAUGGGAGGUAAUCAGUUUUAUUCCAAGGGAAAGGUUGCUCCAAUUUCUUUGAUCAAGAGCCUUUUACAAACAUUAUGGUACCCCGUGAAGAGAUUGCAGAACAUAUUGACCCUCAACCCUCGCAUCACCACCCAUGCCACCUUGCAACCCUCCUCUGUCACCAAGGAUAAUAAGAAGUACUGGAAACGUAACAAAGGCAAGAACUGUGUGAAUCACUGUAGUCUGGAGAAAAACUUUGAUGAUAUUAAACAUACGACACUGAGUGAACGAGGUGCUCUACGUGAGGCUUCUCGCUGUCUUAAGUGUGCUGAUGCUCCUUGUCAGAAGUCUUGCCCUACACAACUUAACAUCAAGCAGUUUAUCUCCUGUAUUGCUAACAAGAAUUACUAUGGAGCAGCCAAGAUGAUCUUCUCGGACAACCCACUUGGAAUGACAUGUGGGAUGGUGUGUCCUACCAGCGACCUCUGUGUAGGCGGUUGUAACCUCUAUGCCACCGAGGAAGGUCCCAUUAAUAUUGGUGGUUUGCAGCAGUUUGCAACAGAUAUAUUCCGUCAGAUGAAUAUUCCACAAGUUCGACCACCCAACUUACCAGCAGAUCUUCCAGAGAGUUAUGAUGCAAAGAUUGCUCUUAUUGGGUGUGGACCUGCCUCGAUAUCUUGUGCAACAUUUUUGGGACGACUUGGCUAUCACAACAUUGAUGUCUUUGAGAAGAAAGAUUAUGUUGGAGGCUUGAGUUCUUCAGAAAUUCCACAGUACCGACUCCCCUUUGAAGUUGUUAAUUUCGAAGUGGAUCUCAUGAAGGAUCUUGGUGUUAAAGUACAUCACGGCCGUCAGCUCUCUCUCUCGGAUAUAACAAUUAAGGGCUUGCAGCAAGAUGGUUAUGAGGCAAUAUUCAUUGGGAUUGGUCUUCCUGAGCCUAAAAAGAUUAGUAUAUUUGCUGAUCUGAACAAUGAGAUGGGUUUCUACACCAGUAAAGAUUUCUUGCCUAUGGUAACAGCAGCUAGUAAACCAGGGAUGUGCAGUUGUAAGUCUCAGCUGCCAUCCAUUAAGGGUGUGGUGCUUGUCCUGGGUGCUGGAGACACUGCCUUUGAUUGUGCCACAUCUGCUCUUCGCUGUGGGGCAAAACGUGUCUUCGUUGUCUUCAGAAAAGGCUUCACAAAUAUUCGGGCUGUUCCUGAAGAGAUGGACUUAGCACGUGAAGAAAUGUGCGAGUUCUUGCCUUUCUUGUCACCUCGCAAAGUGAUUAUGAAGAAUGGCAGAGUUUCAGCCAUGGAGUUCGUGCGCACAGAGCAAGCACAAGAUGGAUCCUGGAUUGAAGAUGAAGACCAGACAUUCAAAUUAAAGUGUGACUACAUAAUCUCAGCAUUUGGUUCUGGUCUUUCAAAUACAGACAUCGCUCUAGCCCCAGUUAGGCUAAACCGGGGUCACCCAGAGGUGGAUGUACACACUAUGAGCCCCAUGAAGUGGUGUUUUGGGAGGUGAUGUUGUGGUGUUGCAGAAAACCACUGUGGAAAGUGUCAAUGUGGGAAAAAAGCUGCUUGGAAUAUUCAUAAAUAUUGAGUACAUUAAUGCAGCUGUAUUCAACAGUCUCUCCAUGGCCUAUUUGUUCCUGAGAUGCCACAACUGCCAAAGUUCUACACUCCUAUCGAUGAUGUGGACAUCUCGAUUACGAUAUGUGGUAUAAAAUUCCCAAAUCCCUUUGGUUUGGCAUCUGCUCCGCCCACGACAGCUGCACCAAUGAUGCGUAGAGCUUAUGAGGCUGGGUGGGGCUUCUGUGUCACCAAAACAUUUGCCCUAGACAAGGACAUUGUCACCAACAUAUCACCUCGCAUAGUACGAGGCACAACCUCGGGUCACAUAUAUGGUCCUGGCCAAGGCUCCUUCCUCAACAUUGAGCUCAUCUCUGAAAAAACUUGUGCCUAUUGGUUACAAAGCAUUAGCGAACUUAAAAAGGACUUUCCAGAUAAGGUGCUUAUUGCUAGCAUUAUGUGCAGUUACAAUGCUGAUGACUGGACUGAACUAGCCAAGAAAGCUGAAGCAGCAGGAUCUGAUGCUCUUGAAUUAAAUUUGUCAUGCCCACAUGGUAUGGGUGAGCGGGGUAUGGGACUUGCAUGUGGCCAGGAUCCAGAAUUGGUUCUAAAUAUCUGCCGCUGGGUCCGUGCUGCAACUACCAUCCCCUUCUUUGCAAAGCUCACUCCCAAUGUCACCAAUAUUGUUACCAUUGCUAAGGCAGCACAUGAAGGUGGAGCAGAUGGUGUGACUGCUACUAACACAGUGUCUGGCUUAAUGGCUAUUCGACCAGAUGGGUCAGCUUGGCCAUCUAUUGGUAAGGAAAGGAGGACAACGUAUGGAGGAGUCUCGGGUAAUGCAAUUCGUCCAAUUGCUCUCCGUGCUGUAACUGCCAUUGGUCGAGCCUUGCCCAACUUUCCCAUCCUUGCCACUGGUGGUAUAGAUUCUGCAGAUGCUGGAUUUCAGUUCUUGCUGGGCGGUGCCUCAGCACUGCAGGUAUGUAGCUCAGUGCAGAACCAAGACUUUACAGUCAUUGAAGAUUAUAUUCUUGGCCUUAAAGCUUUGCUGUAUCUAAACUCCCUUGAGUCCAAGAAGGACUGGCUUGGCCAGUCUCCUCCUACUCCUCAGCACCAGCUUGGCAAACCCAUAGUGAAUCUUAGCAGUGUUGUUGGCAAGGGUCUUGCAAAUUUUGGUCUGGAUAAGUCUGAAAAAGAGAAGGCCAUCACAGAGCAUAAAGUUAUGACAGACAUUUUAGAACCAUGUCCUAAACCUCGCAGCAUUGAUGCUCCAAAAUAUGGCAUCCCAUCCAUUCAGACUCUAGUUGGUAAAGCAUUGCCUAUGAUUGGAACAUAUGGAGACCUGGAUAACAAUCAACAGAAGGUUGCACUCAUUGAUGAAGACAUGUGUAUCAACUGUGGUAAAUGUUAUAUGACCUGUAAUGAUUCAGGCUAUCAAGCAAUCAUCUUUAACCCCAAGACUCACUUGCCAAGAGUAUUAGACGACUGUACAGGAUGCACUCUGUGUGUGUCCGUCUGUCCCAUUAUUGACUGCAUCAGAAUGGUCGAGCGCCAGGGUCCCUACAUUCCAAAACGAGGCAUCCCUCUGGGAGCAGGAGUUGUACCUCGCAUACCUGCUCUGGGUCCUGUUGAACUCUUUCCUUCAUCCUGAAUAUAGUACUCCUCACUUAACAACCGAUUUAGAUUCCUAAGAGUAGGUCGGUAAGUGAAUUGGUCGUUAAACAAGGAGUCACCCCUUACUGAUAUUUCAAGCAUACUGUACUGGUAGUGGGUUUGUGUCAACCAUCUUUAGAUAUUGUUUUAAUGCCACCUUUGCACUAUUUAUAACAUUUUUAGUACUAUAUUAAAAACAGAACUAGGCAUUCAAAACAAUAAGAAAGUAAAAUACACAUACAGUACACUCAUUACCGUAUUUUGAAGCUUAUUAGACGCAUGUUUUGUCCCAUAAAAUGUCUCCAAAAACCACCCUGCGUCCUAAAAACUGAUGGUCAGUGACGAGAGCUAUAAGUUUGGGGUGUGGGAUGGGCUAUAGCUCUCCCAGUUACGUCUGAUGCCGAGCCAUUGAAACUAAAACAAGUCUUAUAAGCCGCGAAAUACAGUACUUACCUAAAAAUAUUUGUAGUCUUAACGUAAGGUGAGAGGUGAGUAGCAUUUAUUAUAGCAAUACAAUGUAUACACAGUACACUCAUUACUUACCUUAAAAUAUUUGUAGUCCUAAUGUAGGAUGAGAGGUGUGUAUUGUAGAAAGAGGAAAAAGAGCAAAGAAUGGAAGUACAUUAUUAUUAUUAUUAUACUCAUGGGAGAGUGCUAAACCCGUAGGAUUAUACAGCACCUGUGGGGGGGAUUGAGAUGGAAGGCAUUCACUCUCAAUUCAGGGAACUAGAGCACAGAUCCAAUUCCCUAGAUCAAGAGCCCCUCACCAGUGUCAAAGGAACCUCCUUUGAGGGGGGAAGAAAUACAAAAAAAGUUAACUGUAAAGGGGUUAGUGAUGCAUCUCAGCAUCAAGCAAUCUCCAAGACCAUAUAUUUUGGCUAUAAAUUUGUACUUUACUGUGCACCCCCAUAGUACAAGACAGAUGUGCAGCAGCACUUGGAAGAGGGAAAACAAGAGGAAACUGGAAGAAGUACAAAAGAAGUUCACUGUAAAGGGGUUAGCCGGUAUGUUCAUCUGUGUGUUUACAUUCUCGGCAUAUCUCUGGGUCUCUCAUGGCAUCGUAAGAAAUGAAUACUCGGUGAACAAAAUAUGCUGAUGGUAGUAGUACAGUAAUAAUAAUAAUUGUUUUGGAGCACUUGAAAUGUCAUAUUAUUACCAUUGACAUACCUUGUUCACUGAGUUUAAUAAUUUCUUAGAUGCUCACUGUUAUCAUGUAUGAACCAACCAUAUGCCUACAGGAAUUAAUACACAUUCAUUUGUGUUUAUAUUCUUGGCAUCUCUUCUCUCUCUCGUUUACUCGUUCUCUCUACGCCACCUAUGUGAUAUUUAAAGCAUCUAAUGUGUAUACAGCUCUAAUAUACAUUACUUAGGUAUGCAUACUGUAAAUACAGGUAAUCGUUUUCAUUUAUUCUGAAUAAAGAAAAAGUCAUCAGCAUCAUCGGAGCUAUCAGCAGGCUUAUCAGCUACUGUAGAGGGCCCAGGUAAGGGAGAUGACGGCUAAGAAAUGGAGGGACUUGUAGGGGUAAGGGUCCUGGAUGUAACUUUCAAGAAGAAUCCCAUUAUGUGUAUGUUUACCUGAAUAAACUCACUUGACUGACUAUAAUGACUAGGCUUAUUAACUAGAUUGAGUGACUAUCAACCAAGGGAACGAGCCUGAGAUUGAGAAAGGGUGAUGCGAGAUGAGAUGCUUGAUGCUGAGAUGUGCUGCCAUUUCUACGACCAAAGUUCUCGCACAGCUUACAAUACCAACUGGUCAGAGAGCUGGUUGUAAAGCUGAGCAGUCUUUAAACAAGUAGGUUAGGUGUCAUUACACUCGGUGUCAUUGCAUUUCCUCUUUCCACUCAUAUUUGCAUAUACAAGGGGUACCAGUACUUAAUUAUAUAAAGAAAAAAAAUUGUGUACACCUGGAGAGGGGUAGCAGGGGGGUCAACGCCCCGGUCUGUGACCAGGCCUCAUGGUGGAUCAGGGCCUGAUCAACUAGGCUGUUACUGUUGGCCGCACACAACCCAAUGUACGAACCACAGCUCAGCUGGUCAGGUAGUAACUUGAGGUGCCUGUCCAGUGCCUUCUUGAAGACAGCCAGGGGUCUAUUGGUAAUCCCCCUUAUGUAUGCUGGGAGGGAGUUGAAGUCUUGGGCCCCUGACACUUAUACAGUAUCAGUGUCUUAUAAGGCUACACAACUUCACUGCUCAGUCUGGAGCGAUACCGAUGUUCUCAAUGCGCUAGUCCAGUACAUAGAAGCAGUCCAAUAUUAGUGUGUAAUGCAAUUAUAUUAUUAAAUUUAUAAACUGGAUAUCAAAACCCAUACUGUUCAAAACUGUACUAUUCAAGGUAUUGCUGUAUACACUGGCAAAACUUAACCCUACAAGUUCUCUAGUUUUCCAUUACAUGUGCCUUACUGUAUUAUUUGUCAUAAUUUCAUAUACUUGCUGAUUGAAUAAAAUACUGUACUAACAUCCACAA